AUGUCGGAAGUGGGAGAUCCACCUCCCGUCAUACAAAGAGAAGAAUGCGAGAAGGCAGAAAAUUCAGGCAAGAUGAAAGGAAAAGUUGAUGAUGAUACUGAAGAUAUAUCCGGCAACUCCAACUAUAGCUUUAAGUCGGCUAAGGUAAGGAACAAGGGAAGUACCAAGACCUUCACAAAAAUUCCUUUCAACUAUGAACAUUUGAAUAGCUUGUCUUUUCAAGGCGCAUCUGUGAAUCAAGGGAAGCCUCCUCACUUUGAUGGGACGGUCUAUACCUCUUGGAGACACAAGAUGCGCGUGCAUUUGAUUGGGGUCAACCCGGCCCUUUGGAAGAUUGUGUGUGUAGGUGUGAACAUUCCCGAUGAAGAUGAACUUAUCACACAAGAUCAAGAAUUUGAGAUUCAACACAACAUGCAAGCUGCAUCAAUACUUCUUGGUUCCUUGUGCCAAGAAGAACUUGACAAGGUUGAUGGAAUGGACUCGGCAAAGCAGAUUUGGAAUACACUUCAAUUGAGUCAUGAAGGAACCAAGAAAGUGAGUGAAGGAAGAAUUCGUGCACUCGAAGGAGAACUCAACUGUUUCAUUAUCCGUGAGAAUGAAACACUAUUAGAAAUGUACAAUCGGUUGAACAAGAUAGUCAACAAAAUUAGAGCUCUUGGUGGUGAGAAGUGGAGUGACAGAGAUGUUGUUGACAAGAUCCUUGUUGCAUACAUGGCGAGAGAUGUCAACCUUCCUACCUUGAUUCGCGAGAAGAGAGGAUUCAAGAGGUUCACUCCCGCCGAUGUUAUUGGAAGAAUAGAACAACAUCUUAUCACUAUGAAUGAAGCUAAGCUCACUCAAGAAAUAUCCAAGUUGCAUGAGCAACUAGAGAAGAACAAUGGAGUGGCACUCAAGGCAAGCCAAGUGAACAAAGGGAAAAACACUCUUGGAAGCACAUCUUCAAAAAUGAAAGAGAGUGAUAGUGAUGAUGAUAUGACACUCUUUAUCAAGAGAUUCAACAAAGUUAUGAAGAAGAAUGGAUACUUCAACAAGAACAAGAAGAGAGGCAACAUCAAGAGAAAAUCAAACAAUCCAUGCUUUGGAUGCGGGCAAAUUGGUCACUUCAUUGCUGAUUGCCCAAAUCCAAAGAACAACAACAAAUGUGAGAAGAAAGAGCAAGGCAAGAGCAAAACAAGGCACAUGGGAGAAGCUCGUCUAGGCAUUGAAUGGGAUUCAAGUGAUGAAUCAUCCGAUGAUGAAGAUGUAGCAACCUUUGUUAUGGAAGCUCGUACUACCAAGUCAUCAUUGUUUAGAGAACUCACUGAUGAUGAAGAUGACUUCACUCAUACUUGCUUCAUGGCAAAAGAAACCAAGGUAUCCUCAAGCUCCUCUCCUGAUAGUGAUGAUGAAAAAGAGCAUAGCGAGUUUGAAAACAUGAUAAAAGAACUAGGUCCAAAAGCUACAAAUAAAAUCAUGAAGCUCAUGGUAGAAUUUGAGGGUAGGGAUGAGAUCCUUGAAACUCAAGAAGAACUACUUAAGCUUGAGCGAGAGAAAACCGUAGGCCUUGAGAAAUCUCUAUCCAAAGAAAGGAAGAGUUUCAAGGUGCAAGAGGACUUGCUCAAUGCUAAAGCUGGUAAACUUCUUGAACUUGAGGUGUCUUUAACUAAGGAGAAGGAAGAGGUUGCUAUUUUGAAAAAGGAGUUGUCCUUAGCAAGUGAAACAAUUGCUAGUCUUAAGGGUGUUAAUGAAACACUUCAAUAA